UUGUUUGUUGUUUAGCUUCUUGGCUUUUUCUUGCUCUCCUAAGAACGUCAGGAGAUGCCAUGGAGUUAGGAAAUGGACAGAUUGUGUUAGUAGAAGACUACGACGAGACCUACAAGCCAACAGAAGAAGGUGAGCAGGCGCAUGCGCGAAUCCCUGUGCGACGGCGUCGCAUCGCGUCCAUGUUGCACGCUAAACCCAUUUUCUCGACAGAGAUUCUGCAGUUCUGCGAAGUGAUUGGACUAGACCCAAACACAGAGGGAGACCUGAUGUACCUCGCCAAAGAAGGAACGAGAGCUCAGUUGCCGCCCGGCUGGAAACCAGUCGAGGACAAAGUCUCGGGAAGGAUCUACUACUUCAACUUCAACACGAACGAGAGCACGUGGGACCAUCCCUGUGACGGGGUUUACCGGCAGGUGCUCUCAGAGGAGAGAAAGAAGCGGGGGAGAUUGGAAGGAGGCAUGGCCCCCACUGGCUCAAAGAAAAGGGGGUCGAAGAAGACCCGGAAAGCCAAGAAGGCUCCAGCUGGAGCUGAGAUGAUGAGUGCGCCAAUGCCCGGGCCACUCAAUCCUCUACCCUCGGGGGGAAGGCUGGCUCCACUGGGCCCUGUCAGAGGUCUGCCCCCUCUCAAAUCAGCCCCCCAGAAACUUGGAGGUCUGGCCCCCCUUUCGCCACCCCUUGGAAGAGUGCCAGGAAUCAAAGGCAUACCUCCUUCGACACAUGCUCAGACGGCUUCCACAAUGGGGCCCCUUUCUACCAGUACCCCCCAGAGCGCACCCUUGGGCAUUGCACAACCUCACAUGCUCCCCACGAGCACUGCUCGCUCUCUCAACCCCCUGAAAGGCAGACAAGGGAGAGGAGUCGUGGGAGCGCCAAGAAGAGUGGGAGAUGUGGGGGUAAGUAGCAAGAGGGACCUCCUCGGAGCAGCCGAUCUGCAAAUCUCCACUCAGUUUUUCGAGGAAGAAGAUGAGGAGGAAAGCUCCAGCGAUGGGAGCAAAGGAGGCUUUCGAAGCACACUACUGGGGCGAAAUCUGCUGGAUAACAGGGACCUCGGAAUACAGUCACAGGAGGAGCUACACUCCUCAGAGUCUGUAGAAACCUCAGAGGAGCUGAGGAAGAUGCUGGAGAGUGACGGAGAAGAAGUGGAAGCUGGAAUUGGAGGAGAAAGGCCGUUGGCACCUUUGGGACGAAGACCACCAAACACCAGUUUUUCUCCAACUCAUCGAGCUCCGCUCUCUCCGAUCCUGUCUCCCCCUAUCCCGUCCUCCCUCUCUCCACUCCCCUACCAGCGGCCUCAGACUGAGGCUCUGUCGGCCAACCCCAGAUCCAACCCACCAGCCACUACCAGUGUUGGGGCUCCACCAACCACAUCCAGUGUUGUUACGACUGCUAAUACGAGGGGUUUACCCAGCACAAUGAGUCCCAGCAUCACUCCACCUCCUGGGAUGAAGACGGCUACGACAUCAGCUACAACGACCACUGGGCUUCCUCCCAACGGCAGGGAUAUUCCUUCAGCCAGGUCCUUUGCUACAGCAGCGAACACCACGUCCUCCAACAAUGAAGUAAAAUCUGCCACUAAAGUCAACGAAAAGUCAACUACUCCGUCUGUUCCACUUUCAAUCCCGACCUCCACGACUGCGGGUUCGACCAACGGAGGAGGUCCCAGGUUUACUGUGGCUGAAAUGAAGUCCAGUGAAGGUGGUCAAAUCACAUUGGCUCACUCACAGGCCAUCAGAGCGGCAGGAGAGCAAAACAAACAAGAGUUAGAGAAGAUGAGGAAGGAGCAUGAGGUGGCUGUGAAGGAGUUGAAAGAGAAGUUGUCAGCUGAGCUGAAGAGGGCAGAUGGAGGCUGCGCGGGGAGAAGGAAACGCUGAGGUUGAGAGGGUGAAGAAAGAGCUGGCUGAUGAGGUGGAGAGGGUGCGCAAGGAGGGGCAGAAGGAGAUGGAGAGAGUGAGAAAAUCAGUGGAAGAUGAGCAGGCGAAAGAGGAGAAAGAAUCGAGGGACAGAAAAAUGAAGAACAUGUCUGAACUCAAGAAAACUCUGAGGGACGAAGAGGAAGAGGAGGAGGCGAGACUUGCAGAAGAGAAAGAGGACAACCUUCGUAGCAUCAGACAGAAAAUGGCGUCGGAGAAAGAGAAGGAAGAAUCAAAGUUGAGGCAAGAGGGUGCCAGGUCACGGCAGGAACUUAUAGCACAGCUGGCAACAGAGAAACGCGAGGAAGAAGCCCGGCUUCGCUCGGUGGCUAGCAAAGAGAUGAGUGAGACUCGGGCAGCGGCCGAGAAAGAGGCAGAGGCAAAGAGGGAGGAGGUGAAGAAGGAACUACAGAGACAGCUGCAGGUGUUCAAGGAAGAACAGGAGGACAAACACAACAAGGAGAAGGCAGAGAUCGAGGAGAAUUUCCGAGAGCAGCUGGAGGCUCUGAAGCACGAGGAACAACAGAAGGUGCAGGCAGAGCUGGAAAGGCAGCAGGCUGCAGAAGAGGAAAGAGAAAAGGCUGCCCAGAAACAGCAGCAGGACAUUGCUGCUCUCCAGCAAGAGCUGGCCAAAGAGCUUGAGGAAAAACGCUCAGAACUUCAGGAGCAGCAUAGCGCCACUUUGGAAAGCCCUCAAAAGAGAAUUGGAAGCUGCCGUUUCAUCCGUAAAGUCCGAACACCAGACAAAGGUCGAGGAGGAGAGACAGAGGAUGCAAUCUGAAUUUGAAUCUAUCUCUGCCACUCUAAGAAAGGAACAUGAGGAGAACGUGGAGCAACUGAAGAGAGAGAUGGCCGCCUCGGAAGAGGAGUAUAGAAAACAGACCCAGAUCCAGUCGGAGAAACUGAGAGAACUGCAGUCGGAUUACGACCGAAAAAGCUCAGAGCUGCAACAGCUGCGGCCAGGGCUGGCUGGGAGACAGAGGAGGAGACAGGCGGAAGAUCGGGCAGGGCUGAACCCAAGGGAACGCAGCCGAGAAAGACGACACGAAGGGAAGAGAGAGAACCCACUAUUCUCGGCCGUGGAUGACCCAACAUGCUUCUCUGAGCAUGCCCGAGCUGUUCCCCCCUCACUUCCACUCGCCAACCCUGAAGCUGAAACUCACGAACAGCAGCUAUCUGGUCGUGACAGGGUUAAAGCAGGUCCCCCUGACAGCAGGGAAAAGGUUACGACAAGGUCACAUGACCACAAAAGUGGAGACGAUUGGUCGGAAACGAGUGGCAGCGUGAGCUCCAUGCAACUUGAAGAGUUGGCACCACCGACCUCAACUUCACAAACUCCUAAUGUGCGGGCCAAUCUGGAGAGCGUCCGAGUCAUGCUAGAACAGAAUCAGAGAACGUUACUGAGGGUCCUGGCUGAAGAGCAGUCAGUGAGGGCACGUGAGGACGAGACCACACAGACGGGUGUGGGGAAGGAAGAGAAAUUUGAGGAACAUGGGGAACCUGUUAGAGGUGGGACACAUGAUAGGAGAAGGACCGAGGAGAGGGGGAGAAGAGAAAGGGUUAAACCCAAGAAACGAACGUCCUCCAAACCCCCGAAGGCAGAGAAAGGCAACUUCCCCACUGGGAACAUCAAAUCAAAACUGAAAGAGGAGGUGAAGGCUCUGGGAGAGCUGGAGAGGAAGCUCCACUCGUCGCGUCAGCUCCUCUUCUCCAGGGAACAAGACCUCCACAAUCUUCACUCACAACUCUCUGAAGAUUUGACCAGCGACGGAGAAGGUAGCAGAGCUGAGCGACAACUUAGCCCGAGACGUUUUCCACCACCAGCAGAGAGGAGAGGGUCGGCCUCCGAGACAAGGGACAGCGACAGGACCCGGACUCGGGCUGGAAGGAUGAGCUCGAUUCCUAGGACACCGCAGACCGCAAGGCCGUCUUUGAAGCAACAGUACACUGCUUCUCGCUGCUCUGUGAGUGAUGACAGAAGAGAGAGAAGCAGGGAACAGAGGAGGAAAAGCGAAGAAGGGGACGCAAGACGCUCACAGAUCAGAGGCACUCCAGAGAGAAGGGCCAGAGAACCAGCAUCAGAGCACUUCGGAUCGGAGCCAAGUGUCUCGGGGAGUGAGGGAGAGAUGAGCGAGUCUUCGGGCAGCGAAAGUGAAAGUCCCACUCCCUCGGAAAACGUAUCCACCACUCGGGAGGACCAGCUGGAGUCUCAAAGAGAGAUGGUCAAGUCGCUGAAUAGCAUCAACAGACAGCUGCGUCAGCUAACGAGUCACAUUAGGCAGGGUUCACCUCAUCCACCGGCGCUGCCCCCUCAGCAGGCACCACCGCCAAUACAUUAUCCCACAACCCCACCACAUAUUCCCACAGACAGGUGGGCCGAUCCGGUAAUACCCACUCCCUAUCUCCAGUCCCAACACAGAAGGGAGUCCAGGGAAUCCUCGCGUACACAGCCAACCACAGGUCCACGCCACCCGUUCAGGCAUGGAAGGUCAGGUGAUCGUCACGUGACCACUAGCUCCGCCCACGUGUAUCCAGGAUACAGUGGAGAGGUUCGAGCUGACUGGCUGCACGAGUUUCAGACGCAAUUUCCCCAUCACCAUGUUCCCCCUCUCCUCAGAGAUUUUCAGCAACCGUGGACCAUAUACUGUACCACAUGCUCAGCUAGUAAUGGAUAGCGACAGAAAUAUUCACUUAGUACAUAUGUAGCUAGCUUUCGUCUGUAUGUGUCAUUCUGUAAAGUCAUGUUUAGCG